UAUCGACAGGGACACGAAGCGGAAAAACCUGAGACUGGGGGAAAGGGGGCAGAAGAAAGCGUACACCGGAAUACCGUUGUUUUCUGAAAGGACUGAGGUCUGUGCCUGGAAACUUAGAGUAAAAUAAAAGGAUGUAUAUUUCUUUUGCAGCGCCCAAGGGAGGGCAGGUUCUGAUUUUAAAAACUGGUGUGCUUUUGAAGACCCAACGUUAACUUUAUGCAACUGUUUCCUUAGAGGAUCAGCCUGUGUCUGAAUUCUGUGUGCAGCAAACAGAUCAUGUCAAAUGUGUUUUCCUGAGUGAGCUUCUUUCCAAGAUAAAAUAGUCAAUACUCUUAAGUGACAAAUGACACGUUCAUCAUUAAUAGCGCUGCUAACUACAUUAACACGACUUAUCUACUCUUUUCAUCAACAUCAAUUUACUGUCCCAGGAAACUUUGGCCCAGGGACACGAGAGUUGCAAAUAUUGUUUAUUCCAGUAACUUCCUCAAAGACCCAAACACUCUUCAGUUGAAAACAUCAAAGUACAGUUUCCAUCCCAAACCUUCCUGAAAAUCCUUGCCUGUCAUCCACCAAUCCCAAACUGUCUCCCAGUGCUUCCCCUAUCCUAACCAAUCCUCCACAUUCAAGAGCCGACUUAAACCAGACUUCGAAAUCGCAGUAAAGAGCCCAACCUUGCUCUCCCCUUUCUGAGACACGACCAAGAUUCUGCUCCCCACGACCUCAAGGAGCAGCAGGCUUAACUUUGUUUUAUCAACAGACAGUUCUGUCCAGAUUUCUGGGUGCCAGCAUUUGACAUCCUUGGAGGCCUCACACCACCAGGUUCUCUGCCUUUAAAAAGUAUCCCUGUGUGUUUCGGCUGAACCGUGUCUUCGUCUUCAAGCCAUCAUGAGCCCUAAGAAGCGCAGGUCACAGAAGAUCGCCUUUGAUGAGAAGAGUAAUAUGAAAAUUGAGCACUAUUUCUCCCAGGUCAAUAAAAAUGAAGAGAAUAAUUCCAAUAUUCCUCAAAUGAAGAUGGGCUCUAAAAAAGGUCCAAAAGAUAUAACAAACACCCAGGCUCAAGGACCCAAAGACCAGACCAUGCCCCCUCACAAGACAAUUUACAUCACCUUGGCCGUGAACCCCAGGAAACACGUGCUCACACAUAGUGAAGGGGAUAGCCUAUACGCAGCACUCAACACUCUCAAGGCUGUCAAGAAGGAAAUUAAAACUCAGCAGGGCAAAGAAAUGCUGGUGCUUGGCACGGAAGGAAUUGAAGGGUACCUAAAUCUUGGAAUGCCCCUCAGUUGCUUUCCUGAAAGCUGCCAUAUGCUAAUCACAUUUGCCCAGAGUCGAAGUAGGCAGAAAGAGGGGAGCCCGGUAUUUGGCCGGCAUGACAAGGUGUCCCCUGACUGUGUCAAAUUUUAUAUUCACGCGAUUGGGAAGAGAAAGAAGAAGAUAGUUAAGUGCAGGCAUCUUCACAAAGAAGGGUGCAAACUCUGUGUCUACGCUUUCAAAGGAGAAACCAUCAAGGAUGCUGUGUGCAAGGACGGCAGGUUUCUCUCCUUUCUGGAAAAAGAGGACUGGAGACUCAUUAAAAACCAUGACUCCAUUCUAGAAAGCUCGCAGACUGUUGACAACUUAGAAGGUAAGCUCUUUGAGCUUGAGGUUGAGAUGAGAAUGGGCUCUGGAGCAGCAGCUGCUCAGAAUUUGGAGUCGGAGGAAAGAAACACCAGUGUGUUGAGAGAAGAAAUUGUGGCUCAGUACCCCAGUUUGAAGAGAGAAAGUGAAAAAUUCAGAGAGAACUUCAAGAAAAAAUUGGAAAAUAAAAAGAACAAGGCUUCAUUAUUUCAAUUGCAUAAAGUACAGUUUGGGAAACUGACAAAAAACUCUACCCCAGUUAAAAUGCACAAACUUCUUUCUCAUCUCAGUGACUCCGUUGGGUACCUGUCAUGGGACAACAAUGGAAACAGGGGUUCUGCCACCUGCUUUGUUUUUGAUAGGCUGUUCAUUUUAACUUGUCGGCACGUAGUAAAUGACAUCGUGGGCGAAGGAAUAGACCCAAGUAAGUGGGCAGACAUAAUUGGUCAGUGCGUAAGGGUGACAUUUAGUUACGAAGGGCCCCCCGAGAAAGAAGAGAACUGCUUUUUUACUGAGCCUUGGUUUAUGGUGUCCAAUACAACGCUCGAUUAUGCCGUUCUGCAACUGAAGGCCAACGGACAGCAAGUACCUUCGGGACUCUAUCAUAGGAUUGCCCCCGCACCCCUUAGCGGGCUGAUAUAUAUCAUCGGCCACCCGUAUGGAGAGGCGAAGUCUAGUGAUGCUUGCACUGUGAUCCCUCUGGAGCAGCGAGCAGGGAAAGUUCAGGAACAUCCUCAGGCUAGAGGGGGAGGGGGUAGCAGUGACGCUAUGCAGUAUAUCCAUAUGUACACUCAAAGAAGCUUCCAGGACAUAGCUCACAAUCCUGAUGUGAUUACCUAUGACACCUCCUUUUACUUUGGGGCUUCUGGUUCCCCAGUGUUUGAUGCAAAAGGUUCAUUGGUAGCCAUGCAUACCGCUGGCUUCACUCACAAAUACCAAAUUGGGUUCUCUCAUAUCAUCGAGUUUGGCUGUACUAUGGAAUCCAUCCUCCUUGAUAUGAAGCAGAACCAUGGACAGUGGUUUACAGAAGCGUGUAUGAAUCAGUCGUAUACAGAAGAAUGCAUAAAUCAGCAGGAUGUGGAAAUGAUGAGUGAUGAGUAUUGAGGAUGGUGAGAGUUCAGUUUAUUUACUCGCUUCAAGGAGAUCACCCCUGGGGUUGUUAUUCCAUAGGCAAUGCAUUCCUUUCCUAAAUUCCAAAACGGUACUUUCAUUUAAAAACUUACUGUUAUAGAGAACUUCCAAUGCACUACUUCUCGAAACACAUGAAGACGAUAAUCCUAACAGGUAGGCUGUGAACCCCUUUUUAAAGUCAAGCAAUGCAGACGUAGUGAAGAGAAGGGCCAUAUGCACCCCAAUGUUCAUAGCAGCCUUGUCCACAAUAGCUAAAUCAUGGAAGGAGCCAAGAUGCCCUUCAACAGAUGACUGGAUUAAGAAGAUGUGGUC